GUGCGCACUGCGCAGAAAGGAGGAACAUGUCCACCGUGCAGCUGCUGCGGGUGUUGGUACAUGAGCGGAUCAGCGCUGCCGCUGAAGACUUCCUGCUGCAGGUGGAGGAAGGAGGAGGAAAGGCUCGAGUCCCGGAGCUGAGAGCGAUGCUCACCGAGCGGCUCGCGGCUGCGGGGGAGCAGAUCCUCGCGGGGCUGGAGGAAACCUUGUUAGAGUCCGAGGAGCGAGUGGAGCGGACAGAGCGGUCCCAGCGGGAGGUCUGCCGCCAGAGGAGGCUGCUCGAUGCCGCGAUGCAGCCCGUAGUCCGGCUGCACAGAGCAGUGUGUCCUGCAGACGUCAAGCAACUGAUGGUGAUUAAAGAAGAGGUUCCCCCUGAGCUGCAGCAGUGGAGCCUCCUUGUGGACCAGGAGGACCCAGAGCCCCCCCACAUUAAAGAGGAGCAGGAGGAACCGUGGACCACUCAGGAUGGACAGCAGCUUCAAGGACCGGAGGAGGCUGAUAUCAAGUUCACAUUGACUCCUGUCGCUGUGAAGAGUGAAGAAGAUGAAGAGAAACUUAAAUCGUCAACGCUUCAUCCGAGUGAGACGAAGGAGAACAGAGCGGACUGUGGAGGACCAGAACCAGCCAGGAACUCAGGUCCUGAUGGACGUUUACAACCAGGUCCUGAGGACAAGGCUGAAGACUCUUCUGAGACUGAAGUCAGUGAGGAUGAUUGGAUGGAGACCAGGGAACCUCAGACUGGUUUAAAUACAAGAAAUAACACAAAGCCUUUAAGUGAUAUGGGAUGUAAGACAGAAAAAAAAACAUUUAGUUGCUCUGAGUGUGGUAAAAGAUUUAACCAUAGAGGCAAUCUAAAUAAUCAUAUGAGGAUUCAUACAGGGGAGAAGCCGUUUAGUUGCUCUGAGUGUGAUAAAAGAUUUUACCAAAGGUGCAGUCUAAAUACACAUAUGAGGAGUCAUACAGGAGAAAAACCUUUUGGUUGCUCUGAGUGUGGUAAAAGAUUUAGUGAAAGGGGCAAUCUAAAUACACAUAUGAGGAUUCAUACUGGAGAGAAAUCUUUUAGUUGCUCUGAGUGUGGUAAACAAUUUAACCAUAGGAGCAGUCUAAAUAUACAUAUGAGGGUUCAUACAGGAGAGAAACCGUUUAGUUGCUCUGAGUGUGGUAAAAAAUUUAACCAUAGGAGCAGUCUAAAUAUACAUAUGGGGAUUCAUACAGCAGUGAAACCGUUUAGUUGCUCUGAGUGUGGUAGAAGAUUUAACCAUAGGAGCAGUCUAAAUAAACAUAUAAGGACUCAUACAGGAGAGAAACCGUUUAGUUGCUCUGAGUGUGGUAAAAGAUUUAACCAUAGGAGCAGUCUAAAUAAACAUAUGAGGAUUCAUACAGGAGAGAAACCGUUUAGUUGAUCUGAGUGUGGUAAAAGAUUUAAGAUUCAGUCCUACUGUACGAGACGUGAGGAUUCAUAAAGGAGAGAAGUGAUUCAGUUGCAACCUUUGCAACAAAAAUUUAAUUAAGAUUUAUCAGCAGAUAUUCAUUUUAUACAUAUUCAUAGUUCACUGUUUUAAAUAGACUAUUAACAGUUUUUAUGUCCGUAGAAAAUAUAAUUCAUUGGAUAACAUGAAAGAUUUUUGUUUAUAUAUCUUUUUUUCUACUGAUUACUACAUGAUUUAUCUAUUUUUAUGGCGCUUCAUUUGCUCUACUUCGCCAUCAAGUGGACAUUUAAUGUAAUGAAGAUCGGUAUAUCAGGGUUCUCGUCGGGGCUCUCGGGGGCACCGUUGAGCCAUUUUGCCACGCCCCUUGAAAAUUCCUCCAGAAUGCGUACAUUUUAACCACUUUCUAAUUUCUGAAAAUUUUGGUAAGAAUUUGAGCAUGUUAAAGCCCUGAAAAAGCCAAUUCAUUUAACUGAAUAAUAUUAAUAAUAAUUCUUACAAUUUCAAUAGCGCCUCACUGUCUGUCAGUGCUCGAGCCUCAUUAAAAUGACACUAUGGCUUUGGUGUGUGAAGCUUUGAAUUGAAUAAAUGAAUGAAUGAGGUUCGUGAUGCCAAUGAAUAAAUGAUGAACUUAUUAAUAUGGUGUCUGUCUUUGUGAUUCAAUGGUGGGGUCAAAAUCGAAAGUGGUUUUGAUGUGAAUAUGCUUUUGUUACUUGGUUUGUGACUGUGCUUAAGUGUGUGGGGACAAAAUGUAACACGUACAAUUGUGAUAACUGCUUAUUUAUUUUGAUUAAAAAAAC